AUGGCUUCUGCUUCCAUUGGGAGCGAAACUACGAAUGAUGGUGAGAAUCGUAUCAUGGGUAUGAUGGUAGGAUCGGCCGUCGCAGAUGCUGCUGGUAUAUAUACGACCAACCUCACCAAGGAUCAAGCCGUGCAAGCGUACCCGGAACGGAGAAUCCUAGCCAGCGUCAAUGCUGACGAGGUUACGCACCACUUACCCGAUCCUCAUCGGGCGAAGUACGAGGACGGAAAUUGGUCGGAGGCCACCGAAAUGGCUCUCUGCACUCUUCUAUACCAUACCCAUGGAGUUGCUAGAGAGAACCUCGCUCGGCGGCUUCGUCAGUUGUCGUUUGAUGGGAAUAGAGCAUAUGACAUGGCCCCUCUCGACUUGGGACAACCGAUCAAGGGCAUCGUUGAAUCGCCCUAUUAUCUGAACGACCCCGAAGUGGCCGCGAAAAAUGCGUGGGUUAAUGCUAACAAGGGCGCGAACGACACGAACGGAUCGAAUGCUCCGCUUCUACGAAUCCAUCCUUUUGCGGCCAUUGCAACGCGACGCAACCUUUAUCAGUCAUUGAAAGGUGCAAACGUCAACUGCAGAGAUACUCAUGUAGACUCGAAGUGCAAUGUUUCCGUAAUGAUGGCAACGGCACUCCUUCGUGGGCUACUACGUCGAGAAGUGCAGACCGAGCAACAAAUCAACCCGCUUCUGCAAAGGUGCAAGGAUCACAUAGACUUGAUGGCGUUCCAAAAGUACCCCUCUCUGUACACUGACAACACAAAACCUACCCCUAUCCCAUUCCUUCGGAUGAACUAUGGAGUUGGUUCCAGAUCUGAGCUCAGCCGUCUCCUCAGUGCCGAAACACUGGAAGAAUUGCAACUGGACGACAAAAGGCAGUCUGGAGAAGUAUGGAGAUGCUUGGCCGCGGGAAUCUUCAGUCUUCGCACUGCCAUGGUUCGCCUCGAGGGUUCUUCCGGCCAGAACUGUGAGGAACUGCGCAAGACUCUGUUCGAAGAGCUCAUAACAGACCUAAUCUUUCAGGGCGGCGAUGCACAGGCGAACGCUACGUUUGCGGGCGCCCUCCUUGGUGCAUAUCUUGGCUAUGAUGCAAUUCCGGAGCAGUGGAGAGAAGGCCUGAGUGAUUCAAGUCUGCAGUGA